GACAUGUGGGACAUGUGGAUUUGGGAUAUGAAUUCAUUUGAAAAACCACUUUGGGGUUAUGAAAGUGAUAUCUGAUGAAACUGGAUUGGAAUGAUUUUCAUGAUCUUUGUAUAUUUAUAUAUAUAUAUAUUUUAAAAUUUUGCAUUUGACUUAAAGUGCCAUGAGAAAAUUUGCAUAUUGCAAGGUGGUCCUCGCCACCUCCUUGAUUUGGGUACUCUUGGAUAUGUUCCUGCUGCUUUACUUCAGUGAAUGCAACAAAUGUGAUGAAAAAAAAGAGCGAGGACUUCCUGCUGGGGAUGUUCUAGAGCCAGUACAAAAGCCUCAUGAAGGUCCUGGAGAAAUGGGGAAACCAGUUGUCAUUCCUAAAGAGGAUCAAGAAAAGAUGAAAGAGAUGUUUAAAAUCAAUCAGUUCAAUUUAAUGGCAAGUGAGAUGAUUGCACUCAACAGAUCUUUACCAGAUGUUAGGUUAGAAGGGUGUAAAACAAAGGUGUAUCCCGAUAAUCUUCCUACAACAAGUGUGGUGAUUGUUUUCCACAAUGAGGCUUGGAGCACACUUCUGCGAACUGUCCAUAGUGUCAUUAAUCGAUCACCAAGACACAUGCUAGAAGAAAUUGUUCUAGUAGAUGAUGCCAGUGAAAGAGACUUUUUGAAACGACCUCUAGAGAGUUAUGUGAAAAAAUUAAAAGUACCAGUUCACGUAAUUCGAAUGGAACAACGUUCUGGACUGAUCAGAGCUAGAUUAAAAGGAGCUGCGGUGUCUAAGGGCCAAGUGAUCACCUUUCUGGAUGCUCACUGUGAAUGCACAGUGGGAUGGCUGGAGCCUCUCUUAGCCAGGAUCAAACACGACAGGAAAACAGUGGUAUGUCCUAUCAUUGAUGUGAUCAGCGAUGACACUUUUGAGUACAUGGCAGGCUCUGAUAUGACCUAUGGUGGCUUCAACUGGAAGCUCAAUUUUCGCUGGUAUCCUGUUCCCCAAAGAGAAAUGGACAGAAGGAAAGGUGAUCGGACUCUUCCUGUCAGAACACCUACAAUGGCAGGAGGCCUAUUUUCAAUAGACAGAGAUUACUUCCAGGAGAUUGGAACAUACGAUGCUGGAAUGGAUAUCUGGGGAGGAGAAAACCUAGAGAUUUCCUUUAGGAUUUGGCAGUGUGGAGGAACGCUGGAGAUUGUUACCUGCUCACACGUCGGACAUGUAUUUCGGAAAGCCACACCUUACACGUUUCCUGGAGGCACAGGACAAAUUAUUAAUAAAAAUAACAGGCGACUUGCAGAAGUGUGGAUGGAUGAGUUCAAGAAUUUCUUCUAUAUAAUUUCUCCAGGUGUUACAAAGGUAGAUUAUGGAGAUAUAUCAUCAAGACUUGGCCUAAGACACAAACUACAAUGCAAACCUUUCUCUUGGUACCUAGAGAAUAUUUAUCCUGAUUCACAGAUACCACGUCACUAUUUCUCUUUGGGAGAGAUAAGAAAUGUGGAAACAAAUCAGUGUCUAGAUAACAUGGCUAGAAAAGAGAAUGAAAAAGUUGGAAUUUUUAACUGUCAUGGUAUGGGAGGUAACCAGGUUUUCUCUUAUACUGCCAACAAAGAAAUUAGAACAGAUGACCUUUGCUUGGAUGUCUCCAAACUUAAUGGCCCAGUCACAAUGCUCAAAUGCCACCACCUGAAAGGCAACCAGCUUUGGGAGUAUGACCCAGUGAAAUUAACCCUGCAGCAUGUGAACAGUAAUCAGUGCCUGGAUAAAGCCACAGAAGAGGACAGCCAGGUGCCCAGCAUAAGAGACUGCAAUGGAAGCCGGUCCCAACAGUGGCUUCUUCGAAACGUCACCCUUCCAGAAAUAUUCUGAGACCAAAUUUACAAAAAAAAGAAAAAGAAAAAAAGGA